CAGCGAGUCACUUUCACGAAGAGGGCGCUAAUGCAACCAAUUGCAGGAAGAAGAGGAAGAAGAAGAGGAAGAAGAAGACGAGGAAGAGGAGGAGGAAAACCAAGAAGGGAAAGAAGAAGCUCGAUCGUGAUUAAAGUUGCUGUAAUUUGCCAGACUUCAGACACCUUUACGGAGCUCAUGAUCUCCUGAUGAUGAAGAGGUCCCUCCAUCUUCAUCUAUGACGCAGUCUCUCUGACGUCACUGCUUUCGGUUUUGCGUGUGUCACGUGAUUCCGUGUUUUCACCGAUACAGGAAUGGCAAGGAACGAAGAAAAACAGCUUGGGAGAUUAAAUCGAUUAUGGCUACAAAAAGAAAGAGAGGAAGGUCGCAUUAAAGAUGUGCACAGCUCAAGACCAAGACUUGCGACGUUAAAUUCUGUUGCAGCCGUGAAAAAAUGGAUUCCAAGCAUCAAGACUGAGAUUGAAUAUUACCUGGAGCAGUCUCAGUUGUCCCAUUACCCAGAGAGGAAGAUAGCAGAGUUCCAGCAACGAAUUGAGCGACUGGAAAAAGAGUACAAGGCUUACCUUAACAAACUGCACUUUUUAGACCCCAGCUGUAAACACCGGCCUUGGAGUCCCAGGGCAUACACUAAGAGAAGAACAGACUCUAGAGGAGAUCAGUGCACUGCCAAAAGACGCUGUGACCCCGAUCCUGGCGUUCAGACCAGUUAUCAAGAAAGUUGUGCAACGGCUACUGUGAAUAAGCAGGAUAUAUGUGACUCAUCACAACCGGGUCCUACACACUGCUCUGAUCUUCCAGACCAGGAUCUUCCACUCUGCUUUGACCACGCCAGGCUCGCAAUAGCAGUAGCUGGGUCUCGGGUGGCUUCCUCUGGACAGCAGGACGAAACAAACACUCUGGCAAAUGUUCUGCAUAACGGCCUCCCCAAUCUGCACAGCUCGGCUUUAACACAAAUUCCAGGACUGGCAGAGAAAAAGCAGACAUCUUUUCUAUGCACUGAAAAAAAUGAAGGUAAGACAGAACACGUGUUGGGACUGGUGGGCUGCUACUCGUCUUCCUCGGAUGAAGAAACUUAAAGUUUUAAGCAUUUCUGUGAGUUUGCGUGAGUAUAGACUUGUUUGCUUUUUUUUUUUUUUUUUUUAAUGAUAUUGUAUCUGUAGUAAAGACUUCUAAUAAAUGACAUAAU